CAGAAACUCAUAGAAUUAUUAUUCAAUUGAUUGGUACAGUACACCCUACGAAAUUAUCUCAUUCAAUGUGCCAGAAAUGACAUGGCGGCUCGGGUUCCUGGCGUUUGCGAUGGAAGCUUGGAUUGCUCCGCACUGCCCCCCCGAUAAUCCCCUGGCGAUAAGCCGCGUAUCUCCUCCAUUCAUCUGCCUCAUCACUCCCACACUCUCGUCUUGGUCACCAACAAGGCAGUUGCUAAAAGCUAUCGAGACCCUGUACUUGGACUGAUAGCGCAGAUUCUCUUUCAGUCCUCUGUUGUGUUUAACCGAAUCAAAAUCAUCCUCUCACUCUCGACGGUCUUCUCAGGACGCACAGCGCAGACGUCAUUGAGC